UCAGUCGAGCCUUUUAUACCGAAGUCGGUGGGUGUUGCCGUGUGGUGAUCCAAAAAAUCACAUCAAAUUGUUUCUUUCAAACAAAAAUAAAUAAAGUUAAGAAACCAAAUGUUUCGAAUUUUCUAAAUAAAUUCCGUUUCAAGAAAAAAAAAAAAAACUUCUCAGGAAGUUAUACAAAUAAUUGUGUUUCCGCUGGCACUGUGCAAAGUUUGUGUUUUGUGUUAUUGUUGUGCAAAUCAAAAGCCGCCCGGGUGUGGCGAGAAUAAAAAGAAGAAAUUCCAUCUCGCCAUUAACACAAUUUAUUGUCGACACAAAAGCCACAAGAAACUUAUCCUUUAUUCGGGGGAGGAUAAGAAUAGUUAACGCCAAUUAUAACCUGGAACAACUUGAAAUUGAGAGAAAGAGUUCAAAAUAUUAUCCUACUUGUCCUACUUUUAUUUUUGUUGUUGUUUAAACUUGAAGCGCGUUUAGAGUUGCUGAAAGUUUAUUCAAAAAAAAUUAUCUGGCAAUUUGUUUGCAAUCAUCACGAGAAUCCCACACACGCAAAAUGCUCGAAGAAUUCCCCAUUCCCACCCAAUCAGCUGCGGAGGAGGACACUUACUAUGACGGCAGUCGGGCAUUCCUAUGGCUAGCUGACCUAUGCGGGCUAUCUGUUGAUUUGGUGAAUUUCAUACUAUGUCAAGUGGCGGCUCUAUUCCUAGCAUCGUUAUUUCGAUCAGUUUUGCAUCCUUCCAGAGUGUCUUCCAUCGUCCGACACACAUUUGGCCUUUCAGUAGGUCUUGUCUUCGGUUAUAUUUGCUUCGGACAACAAGCCAUUCACAUCGCAGGCCUUCCAUCAGUAUGCUAUGUUGUAAUACGAACACAAAAUCCAUCAGUUGUUCAAAAGGCCGUAAUGAUAGCAGCUUUGACUUAUUUGCUGUGUAUACAUCUGCAUCGUCAAAUCUAUGACUAUGGUUCAUGCUCCUUAGACAUCACCGGUCCUCUUAUGGUUAUCACUCAAAAAGUUACUAGCCUAGCAUUCAGUAUACAUGAUGGUUUUGUCAAAGAACAAAAGGACAUGACUAAGGCUCAACAAUAUCAUUCACUACAAAAGCUUCCAUCAGCACUCGAAUAUUUUUCGUUUGUGUUAAACUUCCAAGGCCUAAUGGCAGGUCCAUUAGUUUUUUACCGAGAUUACAUUGAUUUCAUUGAAGGAUAUAAUUUGCUUAAAAGUCCCACAUCAAAUGGCAAUUUGGAUAAUGGCAAUACAAAAGAAAUCAUCAUUGAGCCAUCACCAACGAAAGCGGUUAUUAAAAAAGUUAUUGGCAGCAUGGUGUGUGCGUUUAUAUUCAUGAAAUUCGUCAAAGUGUAUCCAAUAAAAACGCUUAAGGAUCCCGAAUACGUAUCAAGCACAUCUUUUCCUUAUAAUUUGUGGUAUAUCAUGAUGGCAACAACGAUCAUACGUUUUAAGUAUUAUCAUGCCUGGUUGCUAGCUGAUGCUAUAUGCAAUAAUGCCGGUUUGGGAUUCACCGGCUAUGAUAAGGAAGGAAAUCCCAAAUGGGAUCUCAUAACGAAUAUUAAUGUGCUAUCAUUUGAGUUUGCAUCAAACUUCCGUGAUGCUAUUAACAACUGGAAUAUCGGAACUAAUAUUUGGCUCCGAACUACAGUUUAUGACCGGGUACCUAGAAAAUACGGCACCAUACUUACAUUUGCUCUAAGCGCCGUCUGGCAUGGCUUUUAUCCUGGUUACUAUUUAACUUUUGCCACAGGCGCAAUUUUUGUCACAGCAGCACGAUCUGCUAGACGUAUGUUCCGUCAUAGAUUCCAGAGAACUCAAUUUACAAGAAUGUUCUACGAUAUUUUAACAUGCGUUACAACUCGUAUAUUUAUGGGUUAUGCAACUUUUCCAUUUGUUCUUCUUGAGUGUAUGGUCAGUGUAAGAUUGUACCUGAAACUGUUUAUGUGCCUUCAUAUUAUUGCGAUUGCUACUUUUGUCAUAUUGCCAAAACUCAUUCGUGGCGAUAAACCUUCAAAAAUCCCAUCGAAUAUUACAUCGAUUGUGGACAAUGGCAAUACAAAUCAAAAUCAUCAUCAAUUAACAAACAAUGAUCUCAUCCAGCAGAAGUUGUCGGAUGCUUUGGCUGCAACAGAUUCAAAUGCCAAAUUAGUUGACACUUCAGGCGAUUCAUCAUCAUCACACAUUAUUGCUAAGAAACGAUUUAUAAUAUCUCCUGACCGACAAAUCUCUACAACAGUACCAACAGCUCUAGCUGCAAUUAGCAUUGCACACGAUCAAUGUGAAAUGGAUAAUUUGUCCAUUAAAAUUAAAGAAAAAAUCGACAUGGAGACAAAAAAUAUCGAGGAAUUUAUUGAUAAGACUGUUAACGAAACGGUGUCUGGCAUCGUUGAGUUUAAAAACGAUUUAAUGCGCGACAGCGAUAAGAUAUUCAUAUCAAAAGAUGGUAUUCGUAAACGUAUCAUUGGUGCAAAUGACAACAACAAAGGUGGUUCCGAACGUGUCGAUGCAUUCCUUAAAAAGGAAAUCGAUGCUAUUAAUGCUGUUGUACAACAGGCUAACGUUUUGCCUGUUGUCUUAAGCAAUGGUCAUGCCAAAUAGUAAUUACUUAAACAUGACUGUUCUCUUUUUUAAAACAUACAAGACCAUACAAGUAAUUCUAAACCUUAGUUGCUGUUUAAGCUACCGCUUAACAAAACAAAACAUAAAAUACUUAUUCACAAAACGCCUUUUGCCACACUACAUUAAAUACCUUUAACAAAAAAAAAAAUACACAAUUUACUAACGCACGAAUAUAUUUAUACAUAAAGUUGAAAAAAAUAACACUAUCACACUGAUUUUUAAACAAAACGUCGUCGCAGCAAUGUUUUUUUAUACCUUGGAGACACAAAAAAGAAAACAAAUGAUAUUAUAAUAGUUAUUUUUAUUAAUGAAAAUUGUCUAGAUUAUAUUCACAGAUUUUUAAGCUAACGAUGAACAAAUUAAAUAAGAAAAUAAAAUACAAAACAAAAGAAAAAAAUAUUUUAUUUAAAGAAUUGUAAUGAGAACAAGUAAAAUGGUUUUUGUAUGAAAGAAUGUAGAAUUUAGAAACUAAUCUGUACAAUUUAUAAUUUUAUUUAUGUAAAACUCUUCUUAUUGGGCUUUAAAUUCUAAAAUUUUAUUUAUAUAUGUAUAUUGUAUAGUGAUGUUUAUGUCUUAAAAAAAAAAGAAAAAGUUUAUAAUAAUUAUUGAUUAUAUUUUUUAUUUUGUACAAUAUUAAUUUUCUUUCAUAACGUAAGAAAAUCAACAUCAUAAUUUGUAAGAGUUCAAAAUUGUAAUUAUAAUUUUUGACUGCAUUGAAAAACAAAAGGAGAUAAAUGAAAGUGCAACUGAGUUCAACAAUGUUAAAGUGUGAUAGUUCAAUCAAAUAGAGAUUCAUCUUUUGAACGAGUAAGGUAAGAAUUCAAAAGUAUCUUAAUUUUGACAUUAAAUAAGUUGGUUCCAUAACUUCUAAAAAGCUUUUGGCGUUUUCCACAAAUACAAAAAAAAACUACAAUGAUUUUGACUGCAAAUCCAAAUUCCGUCCGCAUCCUGGCAUGAUUUGUGUGGUAAAGUGCGUUAUGCAUCUUAUCGAGUUAAAAAUUAUAUUGGUCUCUUAUAAUUAAGAGUAAUAACAUAUACUUGCCGAAUUGAAAGGUCUUGCAGGUCAAAACAUGGCAGUUUCGACAUGCAGCGUGUUUCAAGUUUAGAAGCGAUAAACGCGAGGCAUUUUGGUUAAAGUCUUGUUUUUUUUUUGUUGUGUUGGUUGACGAGUUAAGAAUUUUGUUUGCCAUCAAAACAAAAAUAAUGCUUAUUAUUA